GUAUGGUUUCAAAACCGACGAGCAAAAUGGAGGAAAAAAGAGCAUACAAAGAAAGGCCCAGGAAGACCUGCUCAUAACGCUCAUCCCCAGUCCUGCUCAGGAGAACCUAUUCCUCCCAAUGAAUUGCGAGCGCGAGAAAAAGCGCGUCGACGAAAAAAGCUCGCUAAAGCACUAGAACGCCAAGCACGAAAGUUAAGAGCGAAAGGGAUAACCGUUGAUCUAGAAGUUCUUAAAGCGGAAUACCUUUCUCAGCAUCGAAACAAUUCCAGCUCAGAUAGUGAUGAUGGAGGGAUUGACGAUGACGAUGAUGAUGAAGAUCCAAUCGAUGUAGUUGGCGGAGGAGAAUCCAAUGAAACACCAGAAGACUGUUUAAUGGAAAGGCGUGACAGUAUUGACGAUGCUCUUGAUGAAAAUACUGAUACACAUAGAAAUAGUAUGAGGCCAAACCCAUUUAGCAUAGAAUCACUACUAUACAAUAGUACGUGAAAAGACACAGCAAGCUUGUAGUUUCCUACCAAUACCAUAAUUCAGAUGCUACC